AUGGCCACUCCACGCCCUACACAGGCCGCUCCACCUCUCUUCCGGGCGCUCGCCAGCUCUACUAGGCCAAUUCAGCAAAUGCUCAAGUGCAUCAACUUUACAAACAAAGUCCAUGUGGAGAUCACGGAGGAACUCAUCAAGUUUGCAGCUGAUCAGUCUCGAGUCACUCAAGGCGUCGCAAGCUUGGACAAAUCCCUCUUCACCAACUUCUCUCUCAAUAUCCCUCAAGCAGAGGAUGGAAGCGAACCAAUUUACCCGAACUUCCAGAUCUCAUUGGCCGCAUUCCUCGAGACACUCCAGAUCUUUGGCGCCUCCGACGCCGCCGCGCGACAGGCAAAGGCCGACGCAGACCCCUUCCGCAGCAACCUCCGCAAUUACCGCCCAGAUGCCUUUAGCAACCAGACCCUUGGAAUGACGGGCACUUGUGUCCUGUCGUACCCCGAGGAGGGAGGCUCUUUCAGCGUCAAUCUCGAAGAGACUGGCGUCAACACCACCUGCAACCUCAACACCUACUUACCCGAGGCACCUGAGGACAUCCCUUUUGACAGAGACGACAUUGCCUUCAAGAUCAUCAUGCAGUCACGAUGGCUGCUGGACGCACUUACCGAGAUGGCGCACUCCAAUCCCACCCGGCUCGUCAUCGCGACGUCGAAGCAGGAGCCGUACUUACGGCUGUCUUGCACGGGACCAUUGGGCGGAUCAAGUGUGGACUUCGCUAAGGGACGAGAUCUGCUAGAGACGUUCACCGUAAGGGACAAAUGGGUGCAGAGUUUCAAGUUCGACAUGAUCAAGACGGCCAUUGAGGCGAUGCGCCUUGCCAGCAAGGUCAGUCUUCGAGGCGACGGGCAGGGUGUCCUCAGCAUGCAGUUCAUGGUGGAGGUGGAGGGAAGCAGAUCCAAUUUCCUCAUGUUCACUUUUGUCCCAUACGUUACUUCCGAGGAGGACGAGGAGGACGAUGAGGAAGACGAAGGAGAUGAGGAGGCCGAGGAUUGA